CAGGGUAAAUACAAAUAGUUCUCCUUCGUCUACUCCACAUACAUUACGCAUUUACAUGAAACAGUCUCAAUUAUUAUUUCGUUGUUUGUUAACGUAACGUCAAGUUCCUAGUACUUAUCACAACGAUGAUUCGAUCAAUUUCCACACGAGUAUCCCGUUCGUUACAUCAUCGUAUCGGAGAACGUACUGUCAGCGUAUCGCCGAAACUUUGUUCCGACGUAUUCACUUCGAAAUGUCGUUACUAUUGCGUCGAGAGGGCAAUUUAUCUGAAAAUUGAUUCGCAAAACGUUGUGAGCAGCGGAUUUCCGGACGUGAGCGGUUUCGAAAAUGUUCUCUUGCACGACUUUAUUUGGGAAAACAUUGAGAAAUGGUGGGACCACACCGCUUUGGAGUGUUCGAUUACUGGUAGAUCGUACACUUACGGUCAGUUGAGAAAAGCGUGUAGUAAACUCGCAACGAGUUUGAGAAAAAAUAAUCUUCUACCAGGAGAUAAAAUAGCUAUUGUUUUACCAAAUAUCCCGGAAUUCGUCAUCGUUUUGCUAGCGGCACACGAAGCAGGUCUAUGUACAGUUCUGAUCAGUCCGGCGGGUACGGUGUAUGAAAUAAGAAGACAGAUCAAAGAUACCGAUGUACGGGCGAUUUUUACAAAUUCGGUCAAGUGUGCCGAUGUUCAAGCAAGUAUCGAAACAAAUUCACAUAUAAAAUUGCCGAUCAUUGUUGCGAAUGACGGAACGGAAAGUGCUUCGAUCCCGGGGACUAUUGACUUGAACGAUCUUAUACGCGACGACAUCGAAGAUUUUAAUAAAAAAUGCGACGUUACCGCCGAAGAUACGGUAGUCUUGGCUUUUUCUAGCGGCACCACUGGCUUGCCGAAAGCCGUCGAGACGAGACACAGAAACAUUGUCGUAAAUAUUCUUCAACGGACACAUCCGAUGUUGUUUCCCGCAUUGGAAGCAACUAAAUAUCAUCAGGAAAUUGUGCCGCUAAUAUUACCAGCGUAUCACUUUUUCGCACUAGCGCUUACGCUGUAUUGUUAUUUGCGAAUAGGCGCUAAGAUAGUGUGCUUGCCGUAUUUCGUCAAGGAUAACUUUAUACGAUUGCUUGAGAAUCAUAAAUGCACGACGUUGCAAGCCGUGCCACCGAUAAUACAAAUGAUGGCGAACGACGAGCGAGUAACGUCGCGUCACGUCGAAUCUAUGAAAGACGUAGUAUUGGGAGGCGCACCUUUCGGCAACGAAUCCAUCUCGAUGUUUCUCAGUCGCGUUGGUGAUGUACCUAUCGUACAAGGAUACGGCAUGACGGAACUGUCACCGAUUGCAUCAAUAGGCACUCCACGUGUACCGAAAACGUCAGUCGGUUACUUGGUUGCAAAUACGCAAAUGAGAAUUGCGAGUAUCGACGAUCCCGGCAGAAAUUUGGGUCCGAACGAGAUAGGGGAAUUAUGCAUUAGGGGUCCGCAAGUAAUGAAAGGAUAUUACAAAAAUGCUCAGGCCACAGCGGAUACUAUGGACGGGGACUGGUUGAAAACCGGCGAUCUGGGAUAUUACAGCGAAAACGGCCUGUUGUACUUUCACGCGCGACUGAAGGAAUUGAUAAAAGUGAAGGGACAUCAGGUUGCGCCGAUUGAAUUGGAAGAAAUAAUUCGCGGUCACGACAAGGUGCAAGACGUAGCCGUUAUCGGAGUGGCGCACGACAAAUACGGCGAAAUACCCAAAGCGUUUGUGGUUCCCAAGCCGGGGGCAAAGAUCGACGAGAACGAAUUGAAACACUUUGUUGCUAAACACGUUAGCAAAUACAAACAACUGGGUUAUGUGCAAAUCGUAGAGAGUAUUCCAAAAACUAUGUCAGGAAAGAUUCUUCGAAAGGAGCUUCGAAAGAUGUAAAAAUGAUUUUACACACACAUGUUCCACGCACUGUCAAGAAAAAACUUAUGUACGCGCACACACACAACAAGAUAUUUGAUUAUUUACAAAUCGAAUUGGCGAUCGAAACUAGUUUUAUUUAUUUUUUGGAUUUGUUGGAGUUGCUUCGCUCGGGGA